GCAGUGAACAGACUCAGCGCGCGAUACUCGAAGAACAGAAGAAGAGCGCGUGAAGCCAAACCCGCGGGUGUUUCGCGUCUUUCGCGGGUGAGUUAGUGAAGUGUUCGCGCUGUAGACUGCGUGGUUUGCGCUGAUGGAUUUGGGGAAGGAGAGAGUGGUCGCGCUGGUGGACAUGGACUGCUUCUAUGUGCAAGUGGAGCAGAGAAUCAACCCCAAGCUCAAAAACAAACCCUGCGUGGUGGCGCAGUACAAGACCUGGAGAGGCGGAGGCAUCAUCGCAGUGAGUUACGAGGCCAGAGCUCAUGGGGUCAGCAGGAACAUGUGGGCAGAUGAUGCCAGGAAGCUCUGUCCUGACCUACAGGUGGCCCGAGUCAGAGAGGCUCAUGGGAAGGCUGAUCUCACGCUUUACAGGGAGGCCAGUGUGGAGGUGAUCGAGGUGAUGUCGCGCUUCGCUGUCAUAGAGCGGGCCAGCAUCGAUGAGGCAUACAUGGACCUCACGGCCAGCGUGCAGGACAGACUGAAGCACAUGAGCGUCCAGGACAUCACGCCGCAGCAGCUGAGGAGCACCUACGUUCAGGGCUUUCCCCAAACCAGCAGCAGCCAACCGAGUGAGGAUGCGGUGACCGAUAAAGAGGAGCAGCGGCUCCGAGGCCUGCAGCAGUGGCUGGAGCAUCUGUCCUCCAGCGAUCUGCCCUCGAGCGCGGAGCUGCAUCUGACCGUCGGCGCUCUGAUAGUGGAGGAGAUGAGGGCCGCCGUGGAGGAACACACCGGAUUCCGCUGCUCCGCCGGCAUCUCGCACAACAAGGUGUUAGCCAAACUAGCAUGUGGCUUAAACAAGCCUAAUCGCCAAACAGUUCUGCCACUGGGAUCCGUUCCAGAACUCUUCAGCACUCUUCCCAUCAGUAAAAUUCGUAAUCUGGGCGGGAAGCUGGGGACGUCCAUCAUGGAUCUGCGAGUGGAAAACAUCGGAGAUCUCACUCAGUUCAGCAAGAUCCAGCUGGAGCAGCACUUCGGAGAGAAGACCGGCUCGUGGCUAUAUGACCUGUGCCGAGGGAUCGAGUUUGAGCCCGUGAAGCCUCGACAGCUCCCCAAAUCCAUCGGCUGCAGUAAGAACUUCCAAGGGAAAACCUGUUUGGCUACACAGCAGCAGGUGCAGCACUGGCUUCAUCAGCUGGCCCUCGAGUUACAGGAGCGACUGAACAAAGACAGAGAUAUGAACGGGCGGGUGGCCAAACAGCUGACGGUGGGCGUCAGGCAGGCUGGAGAUCAGAGUUUUUCUCGCUGCUGUGCUCUUGUCCGCUAUGAUGCUGUGAAGAUGACCUCAGACAGCCUGGCCAUCAUCAAGAGCCUCAACACCGCAGGAAGCCACCAGGAGGCGUGGUCUCCUGCUUUGACUUGUCUUCAUCUGUCGGCCAGUAAGUUCAGCGAUGUUCCCUCAUCCUCAUCCGGAGGAAUAGCAAGCUUCCUGUCCAGUGACGCACCUUCAACACAAUCGCGUCUAGCCUCUACACAGUCCGCUAAAGCAGAGCCGAGCCCCAAGCGCCCAGGGGCCAUCCAGUCUCUGUUUGAGAAGGCCGCUGAGAAGAAGAAACAGCAAGGCGAGGAGGCUCAUAAAGAUGAACAUGGGUCACCCAGCCUUCCUCAGAAAGCCCCUGGCAUCUCCUCCUUCUUCCACAGAAAGGGUCUGGAGAAGACGCUCCAGCUGUCAGCUGUGCCUGAGGACCGGAGCGCUGCGGCAGGAUCCGAGUCGCUCGGUGAGGAUCUUCAUGCAUGCGAGCGCUGUGGACUGAAGGUGCUGGUCUGGGAAAUGCCUGAGCACAUGGACUAUCAUGUGGCUCUGGACUUGCAGAGGUCCUUCUCCUCAGCGUCCAGCGACGUACCGGUGCAGUCAUCCCGCGGGAAGAGCCAGGCGAAGACUCGGAGCGGCCCGCAGGCCAAGAGAGCGCGAGUGCAGGGAAACAGCGGCACGCUGGACUCCUUCUUCAGAAAGACAUGACCGCAGUCCCAGCCAGCUUUUCUUAUCUUUGGGUUUCGAUGAGAAAUAUUUGUGCCUUUCAAAUUUUUGUGUUUUAUUUAAAUAAUAAAAAGUUGUUCAAAAGCCAUUUUCGAAGCCCUGGUCGGACAAUCUGAUGGGUGUGAUGAAACGUCAGGACACAACCUGGCUGUUUGAGGGAGGAACAUUUGUUUUACAAAAAAUAUUUUUGUGCAGAAACCUUUGCUUUCAUUUGAACUGAAUCUCAACAUUUUGGAAUAAUUGAAAAGCGAUUGCAUGACCCACGUGAGAAAUAUCCUUCUGGUGCGACGUUUUAAUGUUGUAUUAUGAAAUAUGUGCUGAUAUAUGAAGUUUCUAAGGUGUUUCGAAUGGUUGCUCUGUUUGUGACAAGAGCCUCUUCUAGUUAUGGAUUGCAGUGAAUGGGUGCCGUCAGAAUGAGAGGCCAAACUUUUUUAAAAUAUGAAGAUGGACUUUGUGGAGGAAGCAUUAUGACAGAUUAUGGACUCGUAUUUUGGCCAAAAGCAAAAAUGUCUUAAUGUUAAAUUUGUUUUUUUAUAAACACAGCUUUUGUCUUCUCAAGACAUUAACUGAUGGACCGGAGUGCUGUGGAUUACUGUGAUGUUUUUAUCAGCUGUUUGGACUCUCAUUCUGACGGCACCCAUUCACUGCAGAGCAUCCAUUGCUGAGACACUGAUGCAAUGCUACAUUUCUACAAACCUGAUGGAGAAACAAACUCAUCUACGUCCUCUUGGUAUAAGUGUGAGGACACUUUCAGCAAAUGUUAUUUUUUGGGGGUGAACUGUUCCUAUAAAAGGCACUUGCAACAUC